GCGGGACACAAAGUCACCGGCACCGGCCACCCCCAGCUCAGUCCUUGUGCCGCCCGCCCAGCGCGCAGCGCUCCCCCGGGCCCCGCCGACGGACGAGGAUGAAGCUGGGCUGCUGCUGCUUCCUCAUCCUCCUCUUUGUCCCCGCGAAGGCUGCGGCAGCCGCCUGCGAGAACGGCGGCACGGCGGUGGGGGAAGGAUGCGCCUGCCCCCCCGGCUUCAACGGCACCCGCUGCGAAAUCCCGGCUCCCUCCGCGGCCUGCCAGAACGGCGGCACGGCCGUGGGGACCAAGUGCUACUGCCCGCCGGGCUUCAGGGGAGCCCUGUGCCAGCUCCCCGACGAAGCCAGCGCCUGCCGCAACGGGGCCACGGCCUUCGGGACGGAGUGCGUGUGCCCGCCGGGCUACCGGGGCCUCACCUGCCAGGACCAGGAGCAGCCCAGCCCGUGCCUCAACGGCGGCACGCCCCUGGGGACAGGCUGCCGCUGUCCCCCGGCCUUCUGGGGCCUCCGCUGCGAGUGCCAGCACCCGGAGAGCCCCGUGGCGCCCGCCGCGGCCGGGGGCCGGAACGUCGCGGGCAGCAGAAACGUCCCCACCGCCGUGAGCAACGCGACUCUCGCUCCGCCGCCGAACACGUCCCAGACCAACGGGACCCUGCCGACGACCACGGCCGCCUCAAGAAGCCCGGCCAACGCCACAGAGCACGUCACGGUGUCCCCCGGGAACGUCUCCGCUAGUGCGGUGACGGCUGGGCCCAACAGGACCAGCGUGGCCCCCACGGCCUGUUCUGGGAACUGCACGACUCCGGGUGACACCCGCAACGGCACGGCAGAGCCCCAGCACCGUCCGGACGACCUGCUCCCCAGCACGACGGCGAGACCCAUCCCCGGUCCCAACACCACAGAGCACGUCACGGUGUCCCCCAGGAACGUCUCCGCUAGUGCGGUGACGGCUGGGCCCAACAGGACCAGCGUGGCCCCCACAGCCUCUGCGAACACCCCCACGGCCUGUUCUGGGAACUGCACAACGCGGGGUGACAGCCGCAACGGCACGGCAGAGCCCCAGCACCGUCCGGACGACCUGCUCCCCAGCACGACGGCGAGACCCGUCCCCGAGCCCAACGCCACAGCAAACGUCACGGUGUCCCCCAGGAAUGUCUCCGCUAGUGCGGUGACGGCUGGGCCCAACAGGACCAGCGUGGCCCCCACGGCCUCUGCGAACACCCCCACGGCCUGUUCUGGGAACUGCACAACACGCGGUGACACCCGCAACGGCACGGCAGAGCCCCAGCACCGUCCGGACGACCUGCGCCCCAGCACGACGGCGAGACCCGUCCCCGGUCCCAACGCCACAGAGCACGUCACGGUGUCCCCCAGGAAUGUCUCCGCUAGUGCGGUGACGGCUGGGCCCAACAGGACCAGCGUGGCCCCCACGGCCUCUGCGAACACCCCCACGGCCUGUUCUGGGAACUGCACAACGCGGGGUGACACCCGCAACGGCACGGCAGAGCCCCAGCACCGUCCGGACGACCUGCGCCCCAGCACGACGGCGAGACCCGUCCCCAGUCCCAACGCCACAGCAAACGUCACGGUGUCCCCCAGGAAUGUCUCCGCUAGUGCGGUGACGGCUGGGCCCAACAGGACCAGCGUGGCCCCCACGGCCUGUUCUGGGAACUGCACGACUCCGGGUGACACCCGCAACGGCACGGCAGAGCCCCAGCACCGUCCGGACGACCUGCUCCCCAGCACGACGGCGAGACCCAUCCCCGGUCCCAACACCACAGAGCACGUCACGGUGUCCCCCGGGAACACCUCCGCUAGUGCGGUGACGGCUGGGCCCAACAGGACCAGCGUGGCCCCCACGGCCUGUUCUGGGAACUGCACGACUCCGGGUGACACCCGCAACGGCACGGCAGAGCCCCAGCACCGUCUGGACGACCUGCUCCCCAGCACGACGGCGAGACCCGUCCCCGGUCCCAACGCCACAGCAAACGUGACCCAGGCCGCCCCGGGGGGCACGGCAGCUGGCAAUGGCAGCGUCUCGGUGACGGCCACCGCGGCUCCCAACACCACGGCGGUGCCCGUCUCGCUCAGCAACGUGACCGGCCGGCCCCUCGGCAGCCUCUGCCGCUACCUGCCCCCCUGGCACCUCAAUGGGUCCAGCCCCACACCAGUCGUCUGCCACAACGGCGGCGUUGCCAACGCGAGCGAGUGCCUCUGCCCGCCCGGCUUCUCGGGCCCCUCUUGCGAGACCGCGAACGACACCGACCGGUGCCGCAACGGCAGCACGGCCGUGGGCGGCAGGUGCAUCUGCCCGCCGGGGCUGUCGGGGCCUCGCUGCGACGCCCCCGACACCAGCACGGCCUGCCAGCACGGGGCCACGGCCGUGGGCACCGAGUGCUACUGCCCCAGCGGCUACUCCGGCGCCCGCUGCGAGCUCCGCAACGCCAGCACCGCCGCCACGCCGGCCGCCCGCCCCGGUGCCACCGGGCCCAAGUCCAGCACCCAGGACCCCGUUUCGGCCGGCAACGGCACCGCCGCCUCCGGGACGACAGCCGAGCCAACAGCUCAGAGCACAACUGCUGCGAAGAGCACGAAGGCCACCGGCACCCCCCCGGCCCCUACGACCGCAGAUCCCUGCCAAAACGGGGGGUCCUGGACAGGGACGGUUUGUCGCUGCCCCCCCAACUUAGACGGAGCCCACUGCCAGUUCGCAGCAUCGACCAUCAACAUCACGGCGGAGCUGGGCCCCUCCGUGACGAUGACGGCGCGGGUCACCAACCGGCUCUUCUCCGAGGCUAUGGGGAACGCCUCGUCCGCAGCCUACCGCGGCUUCGCCGAGGAGUUCGGCCGGGCGAUGGACCGGCUCUACCAGAACGUCUCCGGCUACCGCGGCACCAGGAUCCUGAGCCUCACGAAAGGCAGCGUCGUGGUGACCUACGACGUCCUCCUGCACCCGCCGGCCGAAGCCGGCCCCGCCAGCGGCCUCCACCGCGCGUCCCGGGAGCUGCUGGAGACGGCCAAGGCCGCGGCUCAGCCCCAGAACUGCAGCCGCCAAGCAAAAGAGCUCUGCUUCAACACGUCCUCGUCCGAGGCGGCGGAGCGCAACGCGACGGAGCUCUGCCGAAAGUACACGCCGGCCAACUUCAGCCGGUUCUACUCUCCGUACCGGACGCGGUACAGUCUGCUCUGCGUCACCAGCUGCACGCUCAACGUCCCCGGCGCCAUCGACUGCAACGGCGGGCUCUGCCGGGUGACGCUGCAGGGACCUCGCUGCUUCUGCCCGGACAUGCCCUGGUACCUGACCUCGGGUGACCGCUGCCAGACCCACGUCAGCAAGCUGGGGCUGGGGCUGGGCGUGGGGCUGGGGCUGGGGCUGACCGUCCUGAUCCUGCUCGUCCUCUGCCUCGUCCUCGCCAUCUGCCUGGCCCGAGGGAAGGCAAAACUCGCCAGGGCCAGCGACAGCGGCGAGGACAGCGGCUGGCUGGGCUCCAGGAGCCGGUCCCACGCCACCGGCAUCUACCACGUCAACGGCAGAGGCUCGGCGCCUUGGAAGGGCUCCACCGCCCGCGGCGCCUACAAGCCCAGCGCCGACGCCGCAGGCCUCUCCGUGCCGAUGCGGCCGCAGGCAGAAGCGUCAGCUUCCCUGUGAUUUCCUCCGGGCCAAGAAACGGGGAUGAAAACUCAGCGUCGCCUCAAAACCGGGCUGGGGCGUGAAAUCACCGCGGUGCAGCGCUGCG